AUGCUUUUCGUCCUAUCUCUUUCACUUUCCUUCAGUGUGAAUGUCGCGGCGCACGCAGACGAGCCAAAGCUGGACAAGACCGACCUGUUCGCGGCAGGGCAGGGGGGCUACGAGACUUUCCGCGUGCCGGGCAUCGUGGUCACCACCGAAGGAACCGUGCUGGCCUACUGUGAGGCACGGCGUAACAGCCGCUCGGAUUGGGCCGACAUCGAGGUGCUGCUCUGCCGCAGCACGAACGGCGGCAAGACCUGGUCACCCCCGCAGCGGAUUGCCGACUCGGGCAAAGACACGGUGAACAACCCCGUGGCGAUCGUCGAUCGCGACACCGGGCGGAUCCAUUACCUCUACUGCAUCAAUUACGCCCGCUGCUAUUACAUGUACAGCGAUGACGAUGGCGUCACGUUCAACAAGCCGACCGAAAUCACCACCGCCUGUGAAACCCUGAAAGAAGAUUACGACUGGCACGUUCUGGCCACCGGCCCGGGGCAUGGCAUUCAACUGCGAAAUGGUCGGCUGCUCGUUCCCGUUUGGCUUUCGACUGCCACCCGAUUCCAUCGCCCUUCGGCCGUCUCCGUCAUCUACAGCGACGACCACGGAAAAACCUGGCACCCAGGUGAAAUCGUCUGCGAGCAUCCCGAGCCGCUCUUUAACCCCAGCGAAACUGUAGCAGUCGAGCUAUCCGACGGACGGGUCUUGCUGAACAUUCGCAGUGAGAACCGAGCUUACCGUCGGGCGAUCUCCAUCAGCAGCGAUGGCGCCACCGGCUGGUCGCCGGUUCAGUUCGACGAGAAUCUCUACGAACCGAUCUGCAUGGCCAGCCUUGUGCAUCUUCCGCAACCGUUUGCGGACAACGAUCAGACGUUCGUCUUUGCAAACCCUUACAGCGAGUCCAACCCCAACCUGCACGGCAAGCACAACUUUCGCUACCGCGAGAAUGUCACCGUGCGUUUGAGCUAUGACGAUUGCAAUUCAUGGCCCGCAUCGAACGUGCUGGAGCAGGGAACCAGCGGCUACACCGACCUGGCCGUCGGCCCCGAUGGAACCAUCUAUUGCAUCUACGAACGCGGCGGUGAAAAAGGCAUGGCCUUCGAGUACCUCACCCUCGCCCGCUUCAAUCGGGCAUGGAUCGAAGAGAAGAGCGAGACACUCGCCGACGAAGGUGACAAUUCCAGCCACUCCGUACCAAGGGAACUUCAGCGUUGGCUACAACCACAAACUUGGACGCGUGACACCGAUGGCCCGGUGCUUUCGCUUGGAGAAGCCGGCGAGUUCGACGACACCCACAUUUUCGCCCCCUGCGUGGCCGAACUCGAUGGCACGUAUCACUUGUGGUACAGCGGUUCCACCGGAACGGUAGCCCAACGCGUCUUCGAUCUGGGCCUGGCCACCAGCAACGAUGGCCGCCAAUUCAAGAAAUUCGCCAGCAAUCCGGUCUAUCAAUUUGGCGACGUAAAGCAUUCCAUCCUGACAGCUACCCUGCUGCGGAACCCCGACGGCUCGCUCCUUCGCGAAAACGACAAUCUGCGCAUGUGGUUCAGCUCGACUGACUUUUCAGACGGCACUGGCAAACACGCCCUCUACGAAACAAACAGCCCCGAUGGAAUUCACUGGAAUCCACCUUCGGAGCCAUUGCUGAAAGACGUUUAUGCGCCGACGAUCAUCAAAGAAGGUGACGUGUAUCGAAUGUGGUACACCGACGUCUCGAGCGACCCCUGGGUCUUCCGCUCUGCGACCAGUCUCGACGGUCGGCAAUGGAAAGUUCACCCCCGCGCGAUCCUGAAACCAGAAGCGAACUGGGAAAAGUCACGGCUAUUCUAUCCCACCGUGCUGAAAGCCGACGGGGUCUACCUGCUGUGGUACGGCAGCUACUGGAGUGCCCGUCCCAACACAACGGCGAUUGGCCUGGCGGCCAGCAUCGGUGGGCUGAACUGGUUCCGGAACGCUCAUAACCCUGUGCUCAAGCCCGAUCCCGCACACCCUUGGGAGUCGCACUACACCACCAGCCAAUCGGUCAUUCGCAACCCGGACGGCUCGUUCCGAAUUUGGUAUGCCAGCCGCAAAAAGCCACCGUUCGUGAACAAGUACUUCGCUAUUAACACAGCCACUUGGACUGGGCCUUCUGUUAGCGAGUAA